GGCGCAGUCCUCGGCAAUGAUGCACUGUGGGAUUGCAGAAUAUUGACAUAGCAACCAGGCGCCAGAGCCAACCAGUUUUUUUCACUCCGGAUUACUUUUCUGUUGUCGGCUCUGCGCUAAAAUUACUUCGCUUUACUUUCUUCUGCUGUCAUGAAUGCGGCAGUGGUCAAAAAGACCCAGGACACGCUGGGCAAAGUGAUAAAGAAACCGCCUCUCACGGAGAAACUGCUUAGCAAGCCCCCGUUUCGAUACCUCCACGACAUCUUCAGUGAGGUCAUCAGGACCACUGGGUUUAUGAAAGGGCUAUAUGGAGAGAAUGAAAUGAAGUCAGAUAAUGUUAAGGAUAAGGAUUCUAAGAUAGCCUUCCUCCAGAAAGCCAUAGAUGUCGUGAUGCUGGUGAGUGGUGAGCCCCUGGCAGCAAAGCCAGCACGCAUUGUGGCUGGCCAUGAGCCUGAGAAAACCAAUGAGCUCCUGCAGGUCAUCGCCAAGUGCUGCCUCAACAAGAUGCCCAGUGAUGAUGCAGUGAAGCGAGUACUUGCAGGAGAAAAGGUGGACAUGAAGACCAAGGCCAGCACCUCCAGGUCCCAGGACAAGGAGAAUAGAGGACGUGAGCGUCACCUGGAUAGAGAGGAGAAGAAGAAAAUUACAGAGCGCAGCGGGAGCCGGGACCAGAAGGACCCAGACCAGCCCAAAGAGCAGGAGAGUCGCCAUAGAGAUGGGGAGAAAGAGCACCACCGGGACAGGGAACGCUCUGACAAGCACCACCGCAGUGAACAGGACCGUGGCAAAGACCGCGACAAAGACAAGAGCCGAGAUCGGGAGCGAGACAAGGAUAGAGAUAAAGGACGAGUUAAAGACAGAGACAAGGAGAAGGACAGAGAGAGAGAUAGAGAAAGGGAAAAAGACAAAGAGAAGGAUAAAGACCGGGAAAAGACAAGAGAGAGAGAUUCGCACAGAGACCGGGAAAGAGACAAGGACAAACGAAGAGACAGAGACAAAGAGCGGGAGAAGGAGAGAGAGCGACACAAAGAGGGGGAAGAGAGGAACAAAACUGUAGAGAAUGGCAAUAGCAAGGCCAGAGUAUCAGAGGAACCACAGCAAACCUCCAGCCCUGACGAGCCCAGCAAAACAGCCAAACCUGUGCCAGCUCCUGCAGAAGCAGUUGAAAACCAGACUGACAGUCCAGCUAGAAUACCUCGGCCUUCAUCUGCCAAAGGGCAGAGGCGGAGACCUAAAAUUGGAGGUCAAGAUGAAUCUGACAGUGAGGGAGAUGGAGAUGCUCAGUCAGCCCAGAAACCUGUCCCUCAGGAAAAUGGAGACGCUGCAGGCUCCUCAGGUCCAUCUGACGUGGCUUCCAGCAACAGACGAUUUGCCCGACCCAGCAGUGCUCGCCCAGCGCCUCCUCGAGUCAAGAGGCAGGAGAGUUACACUGAUGUGAACUCAGAGAGACUGUCAAGUGCCAAGCCCUCAGCACCUGUCAUCAUGGAUGGGAAGAAGCUGUCUGAGGAUGAGGAGGAUGAAGAUGAGCAGUUCCUUGUGGAGGAGGCUGUCCCUCCACCCCCAGAUGCUCCUGAGAUGGAGGUGGAUCCUGCACAGGGACUUGACAGUGAAGAGAAACACGGUGGCCUUGUGAAAAAGAUCCUUGAGACCAAGAAAGACUAUGAACUGUCGCCAUCCUCCCCCAAAUCUAAAGAGCAGGUCUGUACUGUUUUAGCAGUAGUUAUUUUCCAUCUCCACUAGAGGGCAGUAUCAGCCUGGUUGACUCAAGAGUCAAUGAGUUGUUCCACUCAUCAGUUCUACCAGCCGUUCUCUCUGGAAAGUUUGCUUCCCAGGGUAAGCAUUUUGAUCAUAGUGAAAUGCCCAGUGCAACACUGGUUAUUAUCAAAAGAAAGAUAUAAACAAAUGGAGUGGAGAGGUGUAAUUGCGCCGCCUCGAAACCACAAAAAUGUUCCCCUUCAGUGAAGCUGAAGGGCUGAUAAUCAGACAAGCAAGUAUGGCCUCUAACAGACCACACACAACCGAUACACACAUCAAGAUGUCUGGAGUAAAAUGAGCUUGUUUUCUGAAGUUGCUCAAUAUCUAAGGUAUGCUUAAUGUUUUUUAUUACAGACUUCUUUGUGCUGUGUGCAGUUUGAGGAUAUCUGCCAUCUUGGGAACUAACUUUUAGUGAACUCUUGCAGACCAUGUAGACUUAGGUUACUGCAGAAAACAGACACUGCACAAUCUGUUUUUCAAGCAUUGAUAUUUUCAGGUUUGCCAUAUUUUGUCUUUAAAGAUCUUUCACUAAAACUUCAGUGCACAUGUGGGUCAGGAGUUCUAGUAAGAUCUUCCCUCUCCUGUUUUCUUUGAGACGUGAUAGAUCUGCUUUUUCGAGGUGACGCAUUACUGCCGUUUUUCGUGCAUUCCCCUCUGUCGGCUUAUUUAUUAGCCAGAGAGAGCACUGCUCCUUCAUCAUUAUUUGGAGUGUGAAUCAGUGUGAAAUUUACAGUUUGGUCUGUACUCUAUGGUGUGAGGUGGUGUGCACUGUCUGCUUUGGGUGGUCCUCUCCACUGAAGCAUACCCUCCCGGUCCCUUCCCUCGCUGACCACCCUGACUCUAAUAGAUGCACUGUUUUGAAGUGUCACUCAUGCACAAAGGCCCCUGAUCUAUCCCCUCCUAAACUGCGGCCUCAGACAUCAUCGCCCAUAACUCACACCUGACGUUGUCUCAGCUCAGCCACCAGUAAACUGAAAUAGUUUGACAGGAAUUUGUCGGCCAGCCAUUUAACUCGUUUUACACAUGUGAGUUUUUACAUAUCUCUACUCGCCUCAGCACUUCUUAUAAAAAGAAAUGAUCUCAAGAGAUAAUGCAGGUCCAGCCAAAUACACACAGAUGCAGACACACACACACAGGCAAAAGCUCUUUGUGUAACACAAGCGCAGCCUCGUAGAGUUUAUCCUAAUUUUCUUAAUUCAGCCUUCUCAGUUUUCAGAGGUUCCAAACCUCAUUUCAUGGUAUCCUGUAUGGUCUGCAGGGGCAGCUUAGAGCAGGUAUGUCUGCACAUAGGACCAGUUCAGUCUACCCCUCCACUGGCCUUGCCUCGUCAGCUGUAUAAAGAACUAUAAUGACUUCCUUCCUGACAUGAAAGGGUGGAGAGGUCAGCUUAAUAGAGUCGUUUUUUUCCCUUCUUCUUGUAAUCACGGUAAAACACGCAGGGACAAAAAUGUAAAUAUUGAGCUUCCUCAUUCUAUGUGGUAUGACAGGUUUGAAAUUUCAGCCGCUGCAAUUCAUUUUUUAAAACGCUGGCGUUUCUCAAAACACUAAAUGUUAUUUCCUUUGUCGUUUCUGUGCUUUGUCAUUUGCUAUUGUUAACGCAAGUUUUUAUCUGCUCCAUUUCUGCACUGAUGUAAAUACAGGGAAUACUUGAACAGUCACAUUAUUGUAUUUUGUCAUGUCCUGCCACUAUGCAUGUGACCAAAGUCUUUGCUGUGUAUUUAUGGGGAUGACCUUCCUUGCGACCCCUCCCUCCUUGCGGCAUUGUAUAUUAUUCCAAGAUACUACUUUUUUUUUAUUUAGACAAAAUCUGCCCCUUGCAGCAGCUGCGUUUUCAUAAGAAUUUUUGUGUAUCUUUUCCCCCUUUUCUUUACCCCCAUCAAAUUAGCCUUGAUGAAGGUUUGUGAUGUAUAAAUAAACCCUGUGGCGUACAAAUGGAUGGCUGUUGAGUGAGAGGCACGGAGGAGAAGGGCCAGAGUACUCUCUGCAGAAUUGUCAAGAAAAUAAAUACUCGUCUCUGCAGGCCUCUGUGUCUUCGUAAACAUCCAGCGUUUUUUGUGGAAACAUAAGGAAAUGACCCCGUGGCAUUCCAUUUGUCAUAUUACUUUUGUAGAGGUCAUAUUGACUUGACAGGGAAUUUGGUCAGGUUUAUGAGGAGUGCCUACCUGAAGCAGCCACAGUCUGUCAUUAGGCCAGACCUCAGCCUGAAGAACAUGUUAAUUAUCAUCAGGAGCCU